UGCGCAUUAUGUAGUUCUCAAAUGAGAAUACAUAUAUUUUAUAAUAUUCAUGCUUUGAACAAAUACUAAAAUAAAUAAAUAUUCGAAAUGAGUAUUUUGUUACUCAAAACUGUGUAUUCGCGUGGAUGUACGGGAAACACCGUACAUUCGGAUUUACGGUAUAGGGACUCAUGCAUGCUCGAGUUUGCACUCAAAAUAGUUGCACUGGCUCCAGUCGAGCUUGAUCAUUUCAAAUAAUUUAGGCAUGAACUACUAGUUAAUCUUUGAAAGUUUCAAAGGAUUUUGAGAACUUGGUUUGAUUGGCUCGAACAUUUGUGCUCGAGUUCAAAUUAUAACUCUGAAACCUUGAUACUAAAUGUAGUAUACAAUUAAAAAUUUGGUAUGUAUUUGUGUCUAUACAUGUAUAUUAUGCGUGUGUUUAUCAUGGACUUCUAAUAUGUUUUUAUCAUAUUGGACUUCUUUGUGACUUUUUUGGCAACUAACAAAAAAUUAGUUCCACUUUUAUUAAACAUUACUAUUUUUGAGAAGGAAAAAGGAUUUUAUCCUAAGAGUCUUAUUUUUGGAGGAGAGAAGCACUUGUGGGACACAUUUGAGUAUGAUAUCCUAACUUUGCAUUAAUUUGUGUGAUAAUAUGCAAUUUACUAAUCUUGGUUUCCUUGUAGCAAAUACGAUUGUCGUGUAUGGUGCAUUGACGUUGGAAUGUCUAGCGGAGUUCUUGACUCAAUGCCAGAGGUGAUUGUAUAACAAAUUCUAUGUCUUGAAACUCAACUCACUCGGGCAUGUUUCACUAUUCAAAACCCUCAGCUACUCUCACUUUUUACGUGGUUAAGAGUUGCAUCUUGACGUGUAUUUGCAUUUAGAUCCUCAAGCUCUUGCAUACACGAGUAUUUAUUUGUGCAUGUGAUAUAUGCCUCUUUUUUACUAGACAUGUUUGGACAUGUUUGGUAAAGAACGGUUUCUUUAGCAUUAUGCUGUUUCUUUCAGCAUAUUGAUCCAAAAUAGCAUAUCGACCGGUCAAAAUACUACUACUAUUUUUGGUGUUUGGUAAAAUAAUAUACGGAGUAUUGAAUUAGCAGUAUGCUUAGCAAAAUGCUGAUGUGAUUAACAUUUUGGCAUUAGCAUUCUAGUCUUAUUAUUGAGUUACCAAAUAUAUUUUUACAAAUUGCUAGCUGCUAGUCAAACGGCUGUAUGCUACUACUCCCUCCAGUCACCGAGUUGACCAUUAAAACUUCCGUUACACAUUGAAAGUUGAAUGAUGAAUGUAUCUGGACAAACACCAUGUCUAUAUUCUCUCAUUUUUUCAAUGUGUCAAAAAAAGUCGCAAUGACUAGUUAAACGCCCGUUUUGUGUUGUUUGCCAAACACACUCAUUGUACAGGUGCUUGAGAUAAAGGAUGAUAAAGCAAGGGUGAUAAGAAGUUCAGGCCAUUGAUGGAACAUAGAGAGAUAUGUGGGCAUAUAAUCAAGAAAUCUCUUCAGGUUCUUCAUAAACAAGCUUUUCAGAGUCUGGCUUCAAUCACAAUGUGGUUCCCAAUUUUUUCACAGCUAGAAAAUAUGUUCCAAUGGAACCUUGUAGUACAUUUGUAGUUAUCCAUUGAUUCCAUUCCAUGUGAAAUAUACAUGUUUUUUUUCCUUGACCUUUUCCUUUAUUGGUCAAAGGAAUGUACCAUAAACUUAUUGUUAUUGAUUCUAGUAAGUAAAUGAGAUUAAAGGAGUGUUUUUCAAGUUUCAAAGUACUCCAUCUCGAAAUUGAGUUCCACAAUUUACAUAAAGAAAAACAUUUCACAUAAAAGUCGAUGUUCUUGAGUAUUCCGUCCUUUGUGAUGAUCCUCUUGUGCCCUUUACCAUUUCUCAUCUUUCAUAUGUUAUAAUAAAAAGCUGCCCAGACUGCUGUUGUUAGCUUCUUCUUCCUUCUCGUACUGCAGCUCAUGAUUCGUUCCUCCAUAGACUCCAAUGAGUUUCCUUUGCAAGUAGAAAAUAUCUGCUACCUCGCUGGAAUCGCGGCUAUAGAGACCGGAUGCCUCCACCAUAUAUGCAUGGUUUCCUCCGCAACCGUUCCACUCCUCUUCUUCUUCAUCACAGUUCAUCUUCCUCGCUAGCUCACUCAUACUCCUCCACCAUGAGCGCUUCGUCUCUUGUGCUUCCCACGCUUCCCAUCACCAACUCUGAUCGCACCUCUCUGCAGUCCCUCCGGAGCUCAACCCAUCUGGGCCUUAGGAAUGGGACUCGCCGUGCAUUUGUACCAUUGGAUUAUGGUAAGUCUAGGGUUUCUAUGAGUGCCUCUGUUGGAUCUCACACCGCUGCGGAUGAUUCCCUGUUCAAGGAUUAUAAGCCCUCCCUUGCAUUUCUUUUCCCUGGACAGGGUGCCCAAGCGGUGGGAAUGGGCAUAGAGGCACAUAAAGUACCAGCCGCUGCUGAAUUAUACAAAAGAGCAAAUGAGAUUUUGGGAUUUGACCUUUUGGAUAUAUGUAUGAAUGGACCAAAAGACAAGCUUGAUUCUACUGUAAUCAGUCAGCCAGCUAUCUAUGUCACAAGCUUAGCAUCCGUGGAGAUCCUCCGGGCCCGUGAAGGAGGUCAGCAAAUAAUUGAUUCCGUUGAUGUCACAUGUGGUCUAAGCCUUGGAGAAUACACUGCUCUUGCAUUUGCAGGAGCUUUCAGCUUUGAGGAUGGCCUCGAGCUAGUUAAACUAAGAGGGGAAGCCAUGCAGGACGCUUCUGACGCGGCCAAAAGCGCAAUGGUCAGUAUCAUUGGGCUUGACUCUGAGAAGGUUCAACAACUGUGUGAUGCAGCCAAUGAAGAAGUUGAUGAAGCCGACCGAGUUCAGAUUGCAAAUUUCUUAUGCCCUGGUAAUUACGCCGUCUCUGGAGGUUUGAAAGGAGUGGAAGUAGUACAGGCAAAGGCAAAGUCAUUCAAAGCUCGAAUGGCGGUGCGAUUGGCUGUUGCUGGUGCUUUCCACACUGGUUUUAUGGAGCCAGCUGUCCCAAGAUUGGAAGCCGCUUUGGCAGAAGCAGAAAUCAGAACUCCAAGAAUACCUGUAAUUUCAAAUGUUGAUGCAGAGCCACAUUCAGAUCCAGAGACGAUUAAGAGAAUAUUGGCACGCCAGGUAACUUCCCCAGUUCAAUGGGAGACAACAAUAAGGACUCUUCUAACAAAAGGGCUCAACAAGAGCUACGAAUUAGGACCCGGGAAGGUUAUCGCCGGCAUUCUGAAGAGGAUGGACAAGGGUGCCAACAUUGAGAACAUUGGUGCCUAAGCCUAAAUAAAUUGCUGUUCAUUAACUAUCCCCUCCAUCAAGGGCAGAGAUUCAUUUUUUUAUUUUUAAGUUAUUGGGUUUUUUUU